UAAAAUCACAUCAUCUAUGCAUUAAUUGUUUAUUUAUUUAUUUGUUUAUUUAUUAUAAAACUUCAAAAUUAUAUAAAUCUUUUUUUUAGUUAUCCCAAAUUUUAAAUUUAUAGUUUUUAUACAUCUGUUUCUUAUUUAUUUAUUUAUUUUAACAAAAAUAAAUUCUAAAAAAUCAUGUACAACACCUAGAUGAGAACACAGUUAUAAAUUUUGUAUAGCCAGAACUCUUGUGGUCAUUAAAACAAAGUUUAUCCAGCUUCCUUUGCCGGUAAAUAAUCUCAAAAUAAUAAUAUAUUUUUAACCUGAAACUAAAAAAAAAAAAAAAACAAACAGACGCUCAUGUCAAAAUUAAUUAUCAUAUACAGCUUAACAUCAAAUAUAUAAAUAAAUAAUAGAAAGAACAUACUUGUAAAAUAUCAAUGAGAUUAUUAUUGAUAAUUAUUAAUAAAUAAUAAAUAAUAAAUUGAUAAAAUUGAGUUGUUGUUGUUGUUGAUGCUGAUCAGUGUUGGUGUUUGAUUGUGUUUAUUGACCUGUCAAAACAUAACACAUUGUUGAUAUACAUUAACCAAUUGAGCUAAUUGUUGUGAGAAAAAAAAAUUAUAAUCAUGUCAUCAUUACAAAAAAAUAUUCUUAAAUCAAAGUUAUCACCAGAAGCUCUUAAUUUAAUAUCUGGUAAAUCAUGUAAAGCCAGAGCAUUACAAAGAAAAAGAGAUUAUGAUCCAGUUCAAUGGACUCCAUAUUUUGAUGAAUCAAAAGAUAUUAUUAUUGGUGAUAAUACAUUUCAUUAUUAUAGUGGUGGUAAUGAUGGUCCAACACUUGUUUUACUUCAUGGUGGUGGUUAUUCUGGUUUAACUUGGGCUGAAUUUACAAAAUCCAUAUCAUCAAUGAUUGUAUGUAAAAUUUUGGCAAUUGAUUUACGUGGACAUGGUGAUACACAUACAACUGAUGAUGAAGAUUUAUCAGCUGAAACAUUAGCAAAAGAUGUUGCUGAAAUAAUUAAUAUUGUUUGUAAAGAUAAUCCAGUUAUUCUAAUUGGUCAUAGUAUGGGUGGUGCUGUUGCUGUAAGAGCAUCACCAUUAUUAAAAAAUCUUGUUGGUUUAACAAUAAUUGAUGUUGUUGAAGGUACAGCAAUGGAUGCAUUAGCAUCAAUGCAAAGUUUUUUGAGAUCUAGACCAUCAAGUUUUUUAUCUGUACCACAAGCUAUUGAAUGGUGUGUACGUAGUGGACAAAUACGUAAUUUAAUGUCUGCUAAAAUAUCAGUACCUGGACAAAUUAAAAAUAUACAAAGUAAUAAAUUGGCAACUCAUGAUAUUGAAGAUUAUAUUACAAAUGCAACAAAUCAUGAUGAUCAAAAUUCAAGUCAUAGUAUUGAACGAGAAGAUGUCAUUCAAGAGGAUACUAUUUUAGAAGAAGCUGCUAGUGAUGAUGAAACAAAUACAACAACAUUACAACCACCUAAAAAUUCAGUUGUAUUAAAUAAUAAAAAAUAUGCUUGGAGAAUCGAUUUAGCUAAAACUGAGCGUCAUUGGUCAGGAUGGUUUAAAGGUUUAUCAUCAGCUUUUUUGGAUAUUCCAGCACCAAAAAUGUUACUACUUGCUGGUGUUGAUCGACUUGAUCGUGAAUUAACUGUUGGGCAAAUGCAAGGUAAAUUUCAAAUGCAAGUUUUACCAGCAUGUGGACAUGCUGUACAUGAAGAUGUACCUGAUAAAGUUGCUGAAGCAAUUGCAACAUUUGUCGUCAGAAAUAAAUUUGCAGAACCUGCAUCUGAUUUUGAAAGAACAUUUCCAGUAUGCUAAUCAAAACAAAGCCAAUUUUUUCGAUAAUAAAUAAAAUAAAUUUUCAAAUAUAAUAAUAACACGAAUAUUGGAUCUUUGAUGGUAACACAAGGGCCAGCUCUUCCUUUUCCCUCAGCAAGUGGUGGAACCUAAACAUCAACAAUAUUUCUUGUUAGUCAAAAAAAUAAAAACAACUAAUUUAUCACAAUAAAGCUUUAUAAAAAAAAAAAA